AUGGACCGACCUACACCGCGUGUCAACGGCGCCAAGCUCGCGCAAUCCUCGCCAGGGUCGACUGUGCGCCUGAUAGGCAAGGUCAUCAGCCUCGACGCGGAGCAGGCUCUCCUCGAGGCGGCAGACGGCGCACAGGUCACCGUCAAGCUCAUGCACGACUCGGUGUUGUCGUCGACCUUUGUCGAGGUGAUUGGCAAGGUGCAGAGCGAGACGUCCAUGCAGGAGCUUUCGACGCUUAACUUGGGCGACAACAUCGACAUGGAGGUCGCCAACAAGGUCGUCGAGCUGACACACCAGUACCCGGACGUCUUCCCUCCCGGCGCAUAG